AUGGAUCGGAUGGUGGUGGAGGGCUCUGCGAUCCCCGCGGUUUUCCUCCUCUUGGCGUUACUCCGUUUCCACGAAUCGGAUUUGAUGCAGAUCCAAGACGCAGAGUCCCUCCAAACCGCGAUUCUGUCUCUCCCGUGGGGAUCCACUCCCGACUCCGCGAUCCCCGCGGUUCUCCGCACUGCCGAAACCCUCUCCGAUGAAACGCCCGCGUCGGUUUUCUUCGCGGCGUACGGCGCGCUGUCGCUGGUUUCCGCGGGACUGCUUCCCCGCGGGGUGCGCGGCUCGCCGGCUCUCUGGCGAAGCCGGCUUGCCGCCAUGUACCGUCUGCUGAAUCCCGCGAAACUGGAGCGCGUCGACGCGCUUUUGGCGCAAUGGGCGGGAAACGAAGCCGCGCUCGAAGCCGCUUGCCGCCGAAAUUACGGCGUGGAACGCGCGCUUUCCCGCGAUUUUUACGUCCCGCCCGCCCACUCCCAGACCAACCUGUUCUCCCCCGCGGUUCUGAUGGUCGCGCCGGGGGACGUGGUGGCGGGAGCGCGGCGCAGCAUUCCCGCGGGGAUCGUCUGCCUCGAUUUGCGCGGGGAAUCUUCGCGCGCCAGCGGGAGCCUGCCCGAGGCGUUACACGUGGAGGGAAAGCUGUGGGGGUCCGAUCUGAUGCUGGAGGGAGUUUUGCGCUGCCUCGAGCAGAUCCGCGGGAAAAAAACCGUGGUUCUGCUGACCUCCGGAAAACCCGACCGGCACGACGACGAAGACGAAGACGUCAAUCGCUGUCUCCGAGUGCUGCGCCGCGAAGCGAUUCCCCGCGUUUGUCGCUUGGCGGGCGGCUUCUUCGCGGCGCACGAGUUCGCGCGGCGGUGCGGGCACGUGGAUUGGCUGGUGGACCACGCGGAGGGCUGCGAGGGUAGGGCUCCCGCGGGGAAUCGAGGGUAG